GAUCGAUCCUUUUUAUUCUGGGGUGAAGGACCAAUUUUGCGAUUCCAGACACUUGUUAUUCAACUUCCGAAGGCAAAUGAUGAAAUCAAUUGGUCGGAAAACCUGCGGGUCUAUGAGCUUCCGUCGGCUCGUUGAAGUUGCCGGAGCAGGAGCUCUCUUGCUCUCUCCGUCGUGUUCCAACGCCUUCGCUGGUGCAUCCUCCUUUUCCCGUCCCAUCGGCCAGGCAUCCGAUGCAAGCUUGGGGUCUGCUGCACAACGCCAAUAUUCAACUACAAAGUUAUUGGCGGUUGGUGAGGUAGCCUUUCCGAAACCGGUCUCGGUGGCUCCGGGAGAAUCCCCUGUCGAAGAGCAACCAUCUUUGAAUCCGAUUGAUGACUCGUGCACAAUCCUCGUCGUAGGCUCGAGCAGGGGAAUCGGACUCGAAUUCGUGAAGCAGUGUUUGGACAAGGGUGCGACAGUUAUCGCGGCGCACUUUCCGAAGGAGACACCGGAUACGCUUUCCGAACUCAAGAGCAGGCACCAAGGCAAACUCCACACUAUUCAUAUGAAUCUGGAAGACGAGGAGAGCAUAUCCAGUGCUGCUAGCGAAUUGACCGGGAUGGAAAACCUUCCAUCACUGACCCAUAUCAUCCACAAUGCGGGAAUUUACUUGUCUGGCGCUUCAUUCGAUGGUACGGCUCGAGCAGGCCGUGCCGCCACAGCGAAGGUGACAAAGGAAGUUCUGAUGAAGACAUUUGAAGUGAACACAGUCGCUCCUCUAUUGAUUGCCCAAUCGUUCGUUCCGCUCCUGCAAAAACGCUCGGAAAGCUUGUUUCCCGUCAUGGCGUUCGUAAGCAGCAAAGUUGGAAGCGUUGAUGACAAUGGGAGUGGAGGAGCAUAUGCAUACCGCUCAUCAAAAUGUGCACUUAAUCAAGUGGCAAAGAGUUUGUCGGUCGAUCUAGCCGACGAAGCUCGAGUUGUGCUGCUGCACCCCGGUUGGGUUCGAACGGAUAUGACUAAUGGAAAUGGUCUUAUCGAUACAGACGAAAGUGUAUCGGGAAUGUUGAAGGCAGUCGAGGCAACAGAUGCAUCCACUGGCUUUAGAUUUGUAGACUAUAAGGCCUGCCAAAUCCCCUGGUAGAUAAGCCUUUCAUUAAAAUAGUACGAAAUGU